AUGUCAACGGCAUACCCACGUAAUAACUCGUUUGGCAUGGAUGACGACGAACUAUUACAAACGAAUACUUAUCGCAAUUCAUUUCUGAAUGAUGAUCUCGACAAUGGAGAAAAUUUCGAGCAUAGUAAUUCGACACUUCACCAUUCAGGAGUUGCACUUGACAAAACUCGAUCGUCGUUGUAUCAAACAGGACAGCAACCUGAAAAAAGUCGAUUGUCUCUGAAUCCAGACGGAUCAUUUCCUGAGAAAACUCGUUCAACAUUACUUCCGACAUCGAAUAAUAACUCUGAGGUUAACAUUCAGACUAAUAAUGCAACCGAACCACAUGAACAUCGCCAUCGCCACCAACAUCAUCAUCAUAAGCAUGCACACCAUCAUCAUGAUCAUGAACAUCAUCACCAUCAACAUACACAUGAACACGUCCAUGAACAGGAACCUCACGAACAUAUACACCAUCAUCACCACCAUGAACCUGAACCUCAUGAGCACGUACAUCAUGUUCAUGAUCAUGAUCAUCACCAUCACGGACAUGAUCAUCAACAUCAUCAUGAACAUACAACAUCGCUACCUCCAAUCCAUAAUCAUCAACUUUCCGACACUCCGUCGGCUCUGACGAUUCGUCGACACACUCCCGGUGUGACCGACCCAACAUUAUACAAUUUUCCUGUGAGUUAUUCACCAGAACGCAUAUAUUCCACCCCGGUACAUAAUGUUUCAUUGCCACCAAAUGUACAUGUUACCGUCAGACGCAAUAUUCCUCAAGCAGAGCACACCCUUAUUCAGCCUAUUCUUUAUCCAGUGGCUAUCUAUCAUAAUUCAUCGGCUCCUCAACAACGAAAAGAAUCGCCUAAACCACGCACGCCGAAACGAACUCGACCAGAGCCAAAACCACCGACUCCAAAGCCACCGACACCAAAGCCCAGAACACCUAUGAGGACUUCUCCCAUCCCUCCAGUCUCUCCAGCGAGACGCACACCACCACCACCACCACCACCACCACCUAAGCCACGGCCACCAGUGAAGUCUCCAGUGAAAUCUCCAAUAAAGCCUGCGCCCAAACCACGACCACUGCCUGUAUCACCAGUUCAACCUGAACCAGAGCCAAGUCCUGUGCCACCACCACCACCACCAAAAGCUAAGAAUGUAUUAUUUCGAAAACCUAUUCGUACUGACGAUGUACAGUCAACUGUACAACGAAUCAGCAAAACACAAAUAAUAUCGCCGAGACGAACCACUCGAGUAGUUGUUCAAGAACCUCCUGGGUAUAGUCAGUCUUAUCGACGAUCUUCUGUCUAUCCAACUGCUCGACGAACAGUUUCAUAUCGAACAGUGCCUGGUAUGACAACGCGAGAAAUGGAAAAUGAAGAGAUGGAUGAUACUGGAGCUCCUAUAUAUGUACAAACACCACGAGUACAAACUGUUACUUUUCGAACUUGA